UGGCAUAUAGACCAAUCAUAAUUAUAAAUAUAGAAAUAUAAAUAAUUAUGAAUAUAUUUAGUGUCCCAGCUACUCUUAUUACUUCUUGUACUACUACUAUUAAUACUACUGCUCCUGCUGGUAUUACUAUGACUACCAUUUCUUCUACUGCUCACAAUAGGAAUAUAAUGAGUAUCUUUUGUGUGCUUGUGUAUGCUAUGAGGGUAGUGGACAUCUACUAAUAGUGGUGGUGACCCUGGUGGUUUGCCUGAGUGUGUUGCUAUCUGUACUACACCAUCACACCAGUGUGAUGUGGUGUCUGUUGCUCAUGAAACACCAAACUGGCAAGAGGACUUAGCAAUACUCUGAUAUCCAUGUCACAUGGGGUAAAGGCAUGGAAAACACUGCUAAAAUGGUAAGGACCUGCUGUGCAACCAACUACACAAACAGAAAACAAUUAGACACACAGUGAGUUUGUACAGACUAAAGAGAAGUGUAACAAAGUAAAGUGAUUGUUUAUAAGGGGCACUGUUAAGUUAAUUAACUUAGCACAAAGUGUUAUAAAUGAAACCUGUAAUUAAAAUUGAAAUACUUUUACAAACCUAUUAAAAGAACUACAGAUAUAUCAACAAAGGGUUGGCAAAAUAGCUGCAAAUUAAAUUCAAUAUUAUACAAAUGAUUCAGCUAAUUUUAUAGGAGCUAUUCACUGUUUGUUUGUAUCUGGUUUAACUUGGUAACAAACUGCUACAAAAAUGCUGCACAAUAAAAGGAGCAAAUUUAGGCUGUUUAUCUGGUUUCACUACAAUGUUAGAAUGACCUCGUUGGAAUAAUGCAUGAACACUCUUAAGUUCGAAUAAGGGGUCUUUUUCUUGUUCUUCCCAUUCUGCCGACAUUGCAUGAAUGAUGAUGGUGUCAGUGUAGGCCUUAUACUAUAAGCUUUUUAAGUCCUUGGCUAACUUGUUGGCAAACAGUUGCCGACUUACACAUCUUGCAAACAAAGUAACCUGAAGAUCUUUUUCUCCAGUAUUCACACACAUUAUUACUUUUAGUUUUUAUUUAGGAGAGUAAUUUAAUUGAGACUGAAGUUUCUUUUGCAAGACCUGAGCCAAGCAACAGAAACAUGUUGAGCAAAAGGACAUAAAAAGAAUGUAAUUUACUCACACAAGAUUGAUGCACAUAGACAUCAUCGGCCCCAGUUUGGAUGGCCAUCUUGGUCUGCAAAGAUGUCUGGCUGUCUUUGGCAAGCCACACGUUGAACACUUUUUACCAGACACUCAUUUACUUUGGCUGUCUGCCAUUUGGCGCUGGGAAGUUUGCAUGUGUGAGCAUGUGUGUUGGGGUAGGUUACCUACAGUUCACAGACGCUCAUGUGGGGCGAUCAUGAGAGCUGCUGGCAGAUAACUAUAUGGACCUGCAAAUGAAAUCAGUGAGUUGAAACUGGGUGAAAGCUCCAACAAGUUGCAGUCUGGGAUGUUGAUUCUCAGUGGGAUGGAUUGUAUCUGGUGUAUGCAUACUAUCUUUGACUUAGACAAGAUGUUAAUGCUCAGGGGCAUUUAAUAUAGAAGGUAAAAGAGAUUUUUUUCAUGUCAAUAAUCUUUUUUAAAAUAUUUUUUGGGGUAUUUUCUGCCUUUAAUAGAGAGUUGAGACACGGAAGGAACAGAUGGUUGAAAGAAAUGAGGAUCAAUAUGCAGUAAAGUUCCUGCAUAGUUGGACUCGAAUCUGGGAUGUUGUAAUUUAUGACGAUUAACUUGACCACAACUCCAACAGGCUAUGGCCUUGCUGUGGCUUGUGACACACUGAUUUCCCAGACAUACGGCAGUAAGAACAUGAAACGUGUGGGAGUAAUUCUCCAGAGGAGUUCACUGAUCCUGCUGUUGUUUUGUAUGCCCUGUUGGGCUCUUCUCAUCAAUUGUCACAACUUACUACUCAUGGCGUACCAAGAGGAUGAGGUGGCAAGAAUUGCCCAGCUGUACGUGAUGGCGUUUAUACCAGCUGUUCCAGCCAUGUUCCUGCACCAGCUGCAGGUUACCUACCUACAAAACCAAGGGAUUAUUCUGCCUCAGAUGUACACAGCAGCAGCAGCAAACAUUUUUAACUUGGGGGCGAACUACAUCUUAAUCAUCAGCCUCAAGUUGGGUGUCAGUGGAUCAGCAAUCGCCAACAGCCUCUCUCAGAUCACCAUCUGUCUGCUGUUGUUUGGCUACAUCAGAUGGAAGAAGCUCCAUCAGCAGACGUGGGGAGGCUGGUCCACUGACUGUUUGCAAGAAUGGGGCUCCUAUAUGAAGCUCGCUAUUCCCAGUUUAUUCAUGGUCUGCUUUGAAUGGUGGAUCUGGGAGGUUGGCGGUUUCCUUACUGGUGUGCUUGGCGAGGUGGAUCUUGCUGCCCAUCACGUGUUAGUGGAAGUAGGAGCCAUAACAUAUAUGUUCCCUCUAGGUGUCCAUGCAGCUGCCUGUGCGCGUGUUGGCAAUGCUCUGGGCGCCGGGAACACUGAAAGGGCCAAAAUCACCUGCAAAGUGGCCCUGGUUCUAUCAGGAGUGCUUGCUGUAUUCCAGGGUAUCAUCAUUGCUGGCUCUAAAUCCGUCAUUGGCUACGCAUUAACCUCUGAUGACAACAUUGUGGAGAUUGUCUCAGAGAACCUCACAGUCUACACAUUUCUACAGUUCUUUGAUGCACUUCUGUGUGUCUGCUCAGGGAUUCUUGUAGGAUCUGGGAUGCAGAAAAUUGCCGCGUUGUCCAACCUGGUGUCUUACUACUGCAUCGGUCUGCCAGUGGGAAUAGCUCUGAUGUUUGCUGCCAAGCUCAGAGUAUUAGGCUUGUGGCUGGGUCUCUUUACAAGUGUUUUCCUUCAGUCGGGGUUUUUUCUCAUUCUAAUCUUCAAACUCAAUUGGAAGAAAGUCACACAAAAGGCUCAACUGCGAGCAGGAAAGAAAGUAGUUUUGAUACCAAAACGUCCUGCUAGUACAGUGCUGAAUGAAGCAUUGCUGCCUGACAUCUCUAACUGCCCAAACACAGCCCAGUUGGACAGUAUAGAAGUUCCAAAAGCAGAUGGCUACAGUCCAGUCAACAUCCAGGAUCAGGAGCUGAAAGCAGGUCACGAGGCUGAGGGCAACAACAGUAAUGCAGGGGGUACUGAGGAGGAUUCUGAGCAGAGCAAAAAUACUUCAAACACCAAACCUCAAGCGCUGCUUUCUGUCACUCAGCUGAUCUUGCGUCGCGGACUCACUGUCUUUGUUUCAGUUCUUAUUUUGGCCAUAGGUGUUGCUUUACACAUUGCUUUCCCUGCACCGGAGCCCUCUGCUGAGAGCCGGGCCAACUUUACCCUGAACUGGGCCAAUGCCUCGACUCCUACACCAUUGGCUCCCUUGGACCUGACCCUAAAACCUCUGAGCUAUCUUUGACCUCUGAAUGUAGAUACCUAGUGGCUGAGCACAGUUCUCACUAACGGACAAUUUAGUCCUGGAGAGAAAAGUGUUGAAUUCCCUCAUAGGUGCACAAUUUCUCAUAUACCUGGGUUGUUAUUUUGUAAAACUACAGCCUGAUGUGGGCUACUGCCUCUAUCUUGCAUAGAGAAAAAGAUGGCUCAAUGCUGCAAUGCUGAGCAAUAUCAAAAGAGAUUGAGGCUGGUAGGAUGAACAAAGGUCUUGUUACAAAGAUCAUGUUUUUACCUGCCCAGCCUGAGAUGCUCAACCUGGACAAGAAGGCACAUUACAAAUCCUACACUAAGAGACGUGGGCAUCAAGGAACAGAUAUUUUCCUUCUGAUAGCUUUUGAUUUUUUAAAACAUAUUGAACUGUGACGUAUAUGUUCUUUCUUACUGACCUUAAAUCAUUUUCUCAUGUUUUCCCCUCUAAAGUAUAAGAUUAACUGUAAAUAUCUGAUGUAAAAGUUACAUGUAUACAUGUAAAUAUGUAAUUCACUUUAUCAUUGUCCUGAUAUCUUCAGGACAGAGAUGAUUAACAAACAAUAAGCUAGAUAUUUUUUACUGUAUAUCUAGGGCCAAUAAUAUAA